GGAGAAAAUGGUCACAAAAUCUGAGCGAAGUGUACCAGUGUUGCUUCCCUCUACGUUCGUUGGAUGGAACUUGCAUACCGGUACGGUACACAUGUGAGUUGGGUACUAAGACAAUCGAGACCGUGCAAUCUUUGUUGACAUUAUUUGUUUGUUUAUUUGUUCUAACAAUUACCGGUUACACACAUCAUCUCAUCUGUAAUCUUCAGCACGCAACGUCCAAAAUAAUUAUAUCGCAAGAGUUACUAUUUUAGACGUUCAUCAAAUUUCUCGAAAUCGACUCAAUCGGGCACACAAGUCAACGUACGGUACGGUACUUCGAUCGACGCCAGCAGUUCCGGGGUGGUUGAUUAUCCGUUAAUCGGCGCUAUUCAUCCUGUGUUUCAUUUCCUGGAGUGCAGUGUUACUGUUACUUGUUAAUGUUACUUAUAGAGAGACAUGGCAACCUCCCAGUUCAUCAUUCCAAACGAAGUACCUUUUGUGAAUCUAGAAUGCAAGACGGCAUUCGAGUGUCUGUCGAGCAAGGAAAAAAAAUAUGCUCACUACAUUGGGAAAGCGGCAUGGAGUGGUGGCCUUAUCUGUCUUUUCCAAACCAGUCCAGAGUCUCCAUUGAUAUUUCUGCUAUUGCAGAAACUGUUUAAAGGGCAACCAGUAAAUGAAUUGAAGUCAGCUGCCAUAGAGAAAGGGAUCAUAAAAGAUGAAGUAGAGGCUGUCCUGACAUUUGCUGCAGCCUUUUACUCUAAUCUUGGAAACUACAAGUCAUUUGGAGACACCAAGUUUGUUCCUAAUCUUCCUCAGGAUAAGUUUGAAGCUGUUAUUCAUGCCAGCAAGGCCUAUGCUGAGGAUCCUAAAAGUAUGCAGACACAAUGGGAUCGUUGUAAGCAUUCAUUGUACUCCGUAGAGAAAAGAGAACAACAACUAGGUCUUGGUGAUGAGGGUAUUACUACAUACUUCUCAGACAACUGCACUCAGUCGGAUGCAGAACUUGCAAAGAAGUUCAUGAUUUCAGAGGAUAUCAGUGCCUACAACACCCGUCUGAUGAAAACUGUAGAUGACACACAAAGAGUUACUUAUGAAGUUAGGCUAGCCUCUGCACUAACCACGUCUGAAGAUGGAGAAUGUGAUAUCAAGUUAGGCUCUUAUGACUUUCAAGGAACAACCUUUAAUGUCACAAGGGGCGAUUAUAGUCCCCUCAUGGCUCGUGUUGCAGACAACCUCAAUAGAGCAAAGGAUUUUGCAGCCAAUGGUAACGAGAGUGGGAUGAUGGCUAACUAUGUCAAGAGUUUCAGCAAUGGUUCUAUAGAAGCACACAAAGAAGGAUCACGAUAUUGGAUUAGAGACAAAGGACCUAUUGUGGAAACAUACAUUGGUUUUAUUGAGAGUUAUCGUGAUCCCUUUGGCGUAAGAGGAGAGUGGGAAGGCUUUGUUGCUAUGGUAAACAAAGAGAUGAGUGCCAAGUUCACUGACCUGGUAGCGAAUGCUGAGAAUCUUCUUCCUCUUCUUCCAUGGCCCAAUGAAUACGAGAAAGAUACAUUCCUACGACCUGACUUCACCUCCCUUGAUGUAUUGAGCUUUGCAUCUUCAGGAAUACCAGCAGGCAUCAACAUUCCAAAUUAUGAUGAUAUCCGUCAGGAUGAAGGCUUCAAGAAUGUAUCUCUUGGUAAUGUUCUAUCUGCUUAUGGAAAAGAGCAGAAGGUCACCUUCUUAACAGAUGAAGAUAAGGAAUUGUACAAGAAAUUAAAGGGUCCAUCCUUUGAGGUCCAGGUUGGUCUUCAUGAGUUGCUUGGACAUGGCAGUGGAAAGCUCUUUAUGCAAGAUAGCAAGGGAGAGGUCAAUUUUGAUAGAGAGAGUGUGAAGCAUACAGAAACUGGUGAGAAGAUCUCAUCGUGGUACAUGCCAGGAGAGGUGUGGGAUUCUAAGUUUCCUGUGAUUGCAUCACCCUACGAAGAAUGUAGAGCAGAGUGUGUUGGAAUUUAUCUCUCUCUUUCGAGAGAGGCACUCAAGAUCUUUGGACAUGAAGGUUCUGCAGCAGAGGAUAUUCUCUAUGUUAACUGGCUUAACAUGGUCCGAGCUGGAAUCCUUGGUCUAGAGUUCUAUACACCAGAAACUAAAACAUGGAGACAGGCUCACAUGCAAGCACGCUUUGUUAUCUUGAGAGUAUUAGUAGAAGCAGGACAAGGCUUAGUAACUAUCACCAGGACAACAGGGGAUGAUGGGAAGCCCGAUGUCGUCAUUCAAAUUGACCGUAGUAAGAUAGAGACAGUAGGAAAGGAGGCCAUUGGGAAUUUCCUCAGGAAACUACAGGUUUACAAGUCGACUGGAGAUUAUACUUCAGGCAAGGCCAUGUUUAAUGGUUACUCAGCUGUUAAUGAUGAUUCUGUAGACCAGUUUCUGUCACUGCGUCAGACUGUCCUUGAUCGCAAGCAACCCAGACGUAUGUUUGUGCAAUGCAAUACUUCCAUUGGAACAGAUGGUGAAGUUGUCCUCCAUGAGUAUGAAUCAUCAGCAGCAGGCAUGAUCCAGUCUUUCAUUGACAGGUAUAGUGAAGAUGAGGUCGAGAGGAAUGUCAGAGAACUAUGGCAGAAAGACAGACAACACUUCCCUUCCAUACAAUAAAUGUAACACUGAUGCCUUCACAGAUUCAGGGGAUGCAAGGUACAGCAAUGUGUAGGUAAAUACCCUCGGAACAAUUCCGUAAAAUAUGUACAUCCAACCCCUUUUUUUCUGGGACCUUCCCGAAGUAAUUUAUGUCUGAUUUCUAGGUUGUUAUGCUCUGAAAUUAUCAUGGCUUGAGUAGUUCAUGUCGUGAAAGAAGAAUUGAGAAAAUCAGAAGUCAAAAAUCAAAAGUGUUUAUUAUUUAUUGUCCCUCAAUAUUAGUAGGUAUGCCUCAUAUGCCUUAUCAUUCAAAAGCAGAACUGUAAAUUGGUCUAUCUAAAAUAUAGAGCUCUUUAAACCAUAAGAUGAAAUGAUAAAAUGGUUUAACGAGAAGAUAAGACCAUUUUACCAUAGUAUGGCAAAAGUGUUCAUGGUCUAUCUACAAACGAUACCAUUUUACCAUCUUUAAAGUAAUUUUGUCUCAGAACAGCGAUUUUCAAGACUGUUUUACCAUUUGACGGCCUUACUGCCGAUAACUGAAAUAACAAUAACUUGUUAUCACUAUAUAAAGGCUUGCAAAGAAAAUCUGUUAAAUUUUGUUUUAUUACCAGUAAUUUAUUAAUGCAGGACUUUAUAAGUGUCCUUUGAAUCAGAUUUAAGUACUUUUUAGUAGAACAUUAUUUUUGUUUGUUUACCCUGACAAAAAGUUUAUUGUAAAAAUAGAAAAAAUAGAAAAAUAUAUUGGUGAAGGUUUAAGGAAAGUCCAUCAAAGAUUAAAAAAGUUAUAUCUUUUUUUAUAUUUGUGACAUGAUAUGCCAGCAGCUUCCUCUGUAUCUUGAAUUAAGAGUCAAUGAAAUGUAAUUUCUCAGAAUUUUUUUUAUUUUUUUAUUUACCUCCAGUAUAUAAAAAAAAAGUUAUUUCACACCCUCUCCUAAAAGAAAGAAAAAUUCCGUCUUCAUGAAUCAUUAACUAGUUUAAGUUCAUGCAUUUUAUAUUACACAACAUAUGGGGCAGCUGCUUGUUUAUGACAUCACAAAUAUUUUCAUGGUGAACUUCCCCCUUAAACAUCCUGUGCAUAUGAAUAUUAUUAUUCCAUGGCCUGUGUGAAAACAAAAUCAUUAUUUUGACUGUUUGUGUGACUGUGUUAUUCUAUACAUUUCAAUUUGAUUGAUAAAUGGCAUUUUCUAUAUACACACACACACACAAGUGACAGUAAAAAGUAGUAAAAUCUAAAUAAAUAAUAUGAAUUCUGUAAAAUGAAAAUAUAACCAUCUUUGUCAGCUAUUUUUUUUCUUUCUGUAACUUGCUCUGAAGUGCCUUGACCAUCUAAUUAAGAUUGAAAGUGCACUAUAUAAAUUCUAUGUAUUAUUGGUAUUAUGUAGUUAAUUAGUUAUCCUGGAUUUUAUCAGACUAUACACUUAUUUCAUUACAAAAAUGUUAAAGAUUUUGUUCGACUCGCUCACAUUUCUUUAUUUGUGCAUCAAUUGUGUUCAGUUAGUAUAGUCACGUGUUGUAUUACUGGACACUCAUGAUUCCGGACGCGCAUAUUACUGCGUUCAAAAAUUUUUUUGUACCAUAAGACUUCUGCAAUUCAAUUUCACAGAGCCACAUAGAAAAAGAUUGCAAAAUCAAGGCGAAAAAAAUCAAACUUUUACGUUAUUUAUCUCUAAAAUGACAGAAAAUGCUUAAAAUAUCAUAUAACAUAGUUUUGCAUUAAUGAUUGAUAUAUUUUCUGACGGAAAUAUGGGCCUGAUUUGCCGAAUUUCAAUCUCGUCCGCUCCUUCGAUCGAAUGAUGAGGUGUGGUGUAUUGUGGGUGAUCGUCAACGGCUAGUUAGUCCUCAAGGUACCUGUGCGCGAGGUUUACCGUGAGUAGAGCCGUCGACGAUUGGCAGCGCAUCGAUAGAAAUUGAUGAGCAUCACAAUACGAAUAAGCAUAAUGUUGGAAAGUGUCAUGGAAAAAAUAGAAUAAGUUAUCAAACACGAAUUUAUUACCAACAUCCGCUCAGAUUCGAUAUGAAAAAAGCAAACAAAAGCUUAGAAUUUAUGCAUGAUGUGGUAUAUGAAGAAAAAAUCACACAAAUUCUUUCUCACAUCAUUAUUAUGAAGAAUAUCUUUAACCGUCCGGCGCGCGCCCAAAAUCUUGAUGUAAUUUGUCAUGCACGAAAAUAACUGUUUUUCGUGGAGGGGUAUGCGACAAGUGCGAGGCAAAGAAAAGGGUUGGUAAAUAUAAAAUGAUUUUAUCAUAUUCAUAAUUUUCAUAAUAUUUAGAAUAGCAAGUGCAAAUUUUUUUCUUGAUUGUAUUGUCUCUAGUUGUCAUUUUUAAAGCACUGAAAUAAAGGUGUCCGGUAAUAGGAUACACUGCCAUAUA